AUGAUUAGUACUGAUAAUGAAAUUGAAUUACUCCAAAUUCCAAAUUCUGAUAUUUCAACCCUGUUGAUUGGACAAGAUUGUCUCAAAAAUGGCCUUAGAAUUGAUGGAAGGUCGCUGGAUUCCUAUCUAUAUGUCAGUGUUGAUUUUGAUGGACCUCCGGGCAAUUCCCUAAUUUCUUUUGGAAAUACUGUCAUUUUUACCUGUGUUUCUCAGGAAAUUGUUGAACCUAAUUCUGAAAGGCCAAAUGAGGGAUUUUUAUUUUUCAACGUUGAAACCUCAUUCACUUCUGAAUGUUAUGAACCUGGAAAAACAACUGACCAGGAACAUAACUUGAUUUACUUCUUGGAGAACAUGUUCAAGGAGUCAUCGUGUUUGGAUUUGGAAACGCUUUGUAUUACAAGUGGAAAACAAGUCUUGGCUUUAAGGGUGUAUGUACAUGUAUUACAAGAUGAUGGAAAUUUAUUAUCUGCUUGCUCUUUUUCAGCUUUGGCAUCUCUUUUACACUAUCGGAAACCAUUAAUGGAACUGUCAGAUGAAUUGAAUUAUUCUUUUUAUGGUCUAUGGCACAAAGGAACUCCUCUUAAUAUUUAUCAUGUUCCAAUUCUGGUUACUGUUUGGUUACUGGAAACUAGAGAUCACUCAUUUUUAGACCAUAAUUCAUCAGAAUACACUUUCGUAUUGGAACCAAAUUCAUUUGAGCAAAAGCUACUCAAGACUCAGAUAAUUAUACUGUUUAACCAGUUUGGAGAGGUUCUUUGGAUCUACAAGAAUGGCUCAACGCCCGUGCCUUUGGAAACGUUUGAAUCAGCCAUUUCAGCAUCCAAGCAAAGAGCAUCUCAACUCUACUCAAUUCUUAUGUCGGAAUUAGACAAAAAUACACAAGAAUUAAAAAACAUACUCAAACACAUCAACUCACAGUACCCUUACAAAAUAAUAUAUACAAAUACCAUAAUUAAUAAUGAAAUAUGA